AUGGUACUUCGUCCUCUCCUCACCUUGAAGGAAGAGUAUUUCGGUUCGACUAGAGUGAUGUUCCGAUGGGACCCCUCGGCCUCGCGUUUGGCAUGCAUCCCUGCUGCUAGACCUAGCAACCUGUUUUUGGUCAAUAUUGCUUUUAUUAAGGACGUUAUGCUUGAAGAAAGAGACAGUCCAGUGAGCUCAUUUGAGUGGGAUAGGACGGGAGAUAUCCUGGCCUUGAUACAGAAGGGCACGGCAAAGGUCACGAUUUACCACUAUAACGAAGAUAGAUUGGAGAUUGUUGAUUGCUCGGGAGAAGAUCCUUCUUUUAUCGCAUGGAAUAGGAUUGGACCACAACUGGCCAUUGGAAUGUCCAAAGGGAAUAUCAGCAUAUACAACUCAAAGAGCAUGGAAAGGCAGUUGAUAGCAGGCAAGCAUGGUCGUAUGAUAACCUGUGGUGCAUGGACCCUUCGGGGCCUCCUCAUGCUCGGCAGUGAAGACAGGAUCAUCUCCCUGAGUGAUUCUGAAGGAGAAACGCUACGUCAGACAAUGCUACGCUCCGCCCCGACUAGCAUGAAAAUCUCCGAUGAUAUUCUGUAUGGCAAUGAGAGCAAAAGUGUAUUUGAAAAGGGCAAUUCAGUGACCAAAUGCUGUGUGCGCACGGCGAAGGAUACGCUUACUGUGUUGGAGAUCGAUGGUAUGACGGUAUUAGCAACUAUAAAGUUGACUCAGAAGUACAGGUCUAUAGUUGACUUUGGUUGGUUCGGUGAUGAACAGCUUUGUAUAGGAUAUGUGGGUGGACACAUUGUCGUGACGUCGAGCCGAGGUGAUGAGGCUGGUCAGGAGUUGUUCCAAAUGAAACCACUAUCAAGCUUGGAUGCUCUGGCUCUCUGCUUCUCAGCCCUGUCGGCAGCUGUCGCGGGUGACGGUUGUGUUAAAUUGAUAGAUUUAAUACAGCGGAGCGAAGAAUCGGAUAAAACGAUUACUGUUGAUGACGAUGAGGAGAAGGGGGGCAUUGUGUCUGAUUUGGUCUUUUCGAGAGCCGGGCAAACUAUCACUUUCAGUCUCUCGACCGGAUGCAUACGUUCUUAUCUGCUGCGACUUCCAUCGAUCAUCACAGCUAGAGGCUCUACUGUGGCUUGGAUGAGCAGCCUGAGGGAAAUUACUUUCAUUGAUGUUAAUGUUGAUAAUGGGAAAGAUAAAAAAGCAGUCCAGUGCGAGGAAGAACCGCGCCUGCUAGGAGUCGGUCCUGACCACAUAGCCGCUGGUGAGGAGGUCUCCAAGGGUGAUGGGAAGCUGCAUUCGUCGCUUGUGUUCGCAGCAUGUGGUCGGCGUAUCUUCUAUUACUCUCGAUUGGAUACGGAUGAGGUCCGGAAAGAGUACCCUGAUGAAGUUACAGGAGUGGAAAUGUCAGCUACUUAUGCUGCAGUGUUGGUUGACAGAAAAAUGUUGGUUGAGGAAGAUUGCCGAGUGAACGAGUACAGGCAUACUGAUAAUAUCAUAGCUGUAUAUCCUAACAACCUUGGAGGAGUUUAUACAGCAUUCAUUGACAUUAGAGGGGUGCUGCAUGUGUAUAAUGCAGUCACCGAGGUUUGCAUGAUACCGAUCAAGCCCGAGAAGGUGGGGAAGAUAAAAGGAGUUGUGUGGGAUUUGGCAGACCCUAUGGUUUUCGUCGUUGUUGCUGAUGAUAUUCGGGGAACUGCUGAACUUGGAUUGCACACAUGUGUGGUUUUUGAUAUAGCAGCCAAUCUGUGGCCAUCAGAGGUUGAUAUCAGUGGUGUCAAUAUCAGUCUACACUGA